GCUAUACUCUUUAUCGAGGAAUGAUGAAGAUUUCAAAACUUAUUCUGCUGGUACCAGCAAUAGUUCUACUGUCUCAAGUUCAAUCAAUCCCGACUGGUGAACGGUGUGAAGAAUGUACUGUACAAGAUUGUUUAUAUGGUAUCCAUCCAGAUGCUGAAACUCCAGGAAUUUGUGAUUGCCGGUGUAAAGAUUGCAGUGACCAUUGUGAAAACUGUAAGUACGGAGUUCUCAAUCUGAAAUCGGAUGGUUGUCCAGAUUGUUCGUCUUGUUGCGACAAUCCCUGUGAUAGAAAUCCAUGUUCUGGUCACAAAAGCGUCUGUGUCGUGAAUAAAUAUCCGAAUCCUUUCCAAGUGAUUUGCCGAUAUGGUUACACAUGUGUCGAACCAGAGCAUCCCACCUUCGAUUGUAAAGAAAUGAAAUGUAACGAAGAUGAAACUUGUGUCGAAAGCGUUCAAAAAAAUGCGCCAGCUAAAUGUGAGAAAACAUGCAAACCGCUGGAAUGCGAUAUUGCAUGUACGACAGGAUUUAAGAAAGACAGAGCAGGUUGUGAUACUUGUGCUUGUUGUCCACCAGUUACCUGUAGGAUGUUUUGCCUAAACGGUUUCGCAAAGGGAUCAAACGGCUGUGAAGAGUGUAAAUGCAAUGGUCCUCCUCCUCCUCUACCACCGCAACCACCAACAUCAUGUGCUGCUGUAACAUGUCAACAAGGAACUGUUUGUAAAGUGCUCCCAGAACCAAACUGUUUCCCUCACUCUCCUUGUCGUAUGAUUGCUCAAUGCGUCAAGCAAGAAUGUCCACCCGUGUGCGCAAUCUUUUGUGAACACGGUAACGUUAUGGAUAAAAAUGGAUGCCCCACUUGCACAUGUAACCCAUCACCAGUACCCAAAUGUAGUAAGAACUCCGAUUGUCUUGAAAACCAAGUUUGCGAUGAAGAAACAAAAACAUGCGGCUGUUCAAAAAUCAUGUGUACUCUGUUCUGCGAAGAUGGAUUUGAACAAUUAAACGGAUGUCCUAUAUGCAAAUGUAGAAAAUCAGAGUCUUGCUUGGACAAAAGAUGUGGUCCCGGAGAAACUUGUAUCGAAGAUGAUAUCCAAUGUGUAACUGCUCCAUGCUACAAAAACCCCCGUUGUGUGAAAUCAGAAACUUGCAGCAAAAACUCCGAUUGCCCUAAAAACCAAGUUUGCGAUGAAGAAACAAAAACGUGCGGCUGUGCAAAAUACAUGUGUGAAAUGUUCUGCGAAAAUGGAUUUGAACAAUUAAACGGAUGUCCUAUAUGCAAAUGUAGAGAACCUACGUCUUGUCGAGACAAGAAAUGUGGUACAGGCGAAGUUUGCAUUGAAGAUGACAUCGAAUGCGUAACCGCCCCAUGCUACAAAAAUCCACGAUGUGAAUUGGCAACUUGUGAGAGAUGUAGACCAAAUGAAGAAUGCAAAGUUGAAACUGUCGUAUGUAAAAAGGCACCCUGCAAGCAAUUCUUAAAAUGCGUACCAAACGAUCUCUGCAAAAAAUGUAAAGAAGGUGAAAGCUGUGAAAUAGCAACAUCGAUUUGCAUUCCUGGUUUUGUUUGUAAGAAACCUAUUGCACGCUGUGUCCCUAAAAACAAAUGCCAAUAUAAGAAGUGCAACAUUGGUGAAUAUUGCAAAGAAAAAGUUCAUCCAUGUUUAGUUCCUCCUUGCCCAACUAGUGCUGUUUGUGUAAAACAACAAACUACCUGUGCCGCUAUGUUAUGUCGGGUUGGACAUUUUUGUGUAGAAGAGAAUGGUGAAGCUAGAUGUGUUCUUGACCCAGUUUGCGUCAAAGCUAAUUGUAGAAAAGACCAAAAUUGCAUGAUUAUUACUCGUGGUUGUCUUGCUAAUGGUGAAUGCCCAGGACCUAUUGGCGAAUGUCAUGAUAUUAAACCACCAAAAAAUUCAUGUGAUGAUAUUAAAUGUGAACUUGGAGAAAUCUGCGAAGAGAAAGUUCAUCCAUGUUUAGUCCCUCCUUGCCCAACUGAUGCUGUCUGUGUUAAACCAAAAACUACCUGUGCAGCUAUGUUAUGUCAGGUUGGACAUUUUUGUGUAGAAGAGAAUGGUGAAGCUAGAUGUAUUUUGCACCGCGCAUGUAAAGAAGCAAACUGUAAAAAUAACCAAGAUUGUAUAUUAAGCAAAGUUUGCGAUAAUGGAGGUAUUUGUCAUGAAAUUGGAAAAUGUGUCAAUAGGGCUAUUUGCGAACCUGUCCGCUGUAAAAUGUACUGUGAAUUUGGAUGGAAGAGAGAUAGCAAAUCUGGAUGUGAAAUUUGCAAGUGUGCUGACUCCUGUGAAGAUGCCACAUGCCCAAGAGAUAAAUUUUGCGUAGAAUCCAAUUCGCAAGUGAAAUGCGAAAAUUGUCCAGUUUUCAGAUGCAUGGCUUGUCCUAUUGGCCAGGAAUAUAUCCGGGAUGAAAGAGGCUGUAAAACUUGUCAAUGUAAGGUCACCUGUCCAGUGAUAAGGUGCGCUGUUUUCUGCCCAAAUGGUUACAAGAAAGACAAAAAUGGUUGUAAUACGUGUGAAUGUGAGGAGCCAAAAACUUGUAAAGAUAUAAAAUGCCGUGAUAACGAAUAUUGCGAAAUGUCUAUUACAUGCAUGGCUAUAGGAUGUCCUCCGUCAAGACCAAUGUGUAGGAGUUGUCCAAUGAUUAAAUGUGUUCCAUGCAAACGUGGCGAAGUAAAUGUAAUUAAUGAACACGGAUGCAAAACAUGUCAAUGCAAACCAAUAUGCCCACAAGUAGACUGUGUCACCAGAUGCUCUACAGGAUAUGCCACAGAUGAAAACGGAUGCACAACUUGCACUUGUAAUGGACCUGAACCUAAAACAUGUGAUUUCCUAAAUUGCCCGAAAGACACAUUCUGUGAAAUGUCUGUAACAUGUCUUGGUCCAAAUUGCCCUCCAUCUACUCCAAUUUGUGAACGCUGCCCUGUCUACAGAUGUCCACCUUGUAGUGAAAAGGAAAUUAAUGUCUUGGACGAAAGAGGCUGCAAAACAUGUGAAUGUAAACCAAACGAUUGUCCUAUUGUUGAUUGCGAUGAAAUUAUAUGCAAAAAUGGGAUGAAAGUAGACGAGAAUGGAUGUCAAACAUGCACAUGCAAGCCACCACCACCACAGCCAACAUGUGAUAACUUUUCUUGUCCUGUUCCUGGAACACAAUGUGAAAUGAUACCCACACCAUGCGCCCCUCCACCAGCUUUCUGCAAUGAAAAGCCUUGCGUCUAUUAUUGUCAUCCAGUUCCAGUGUGCAAAAAGGUUAACACUUUCACAUGUGCUAAUAUCUUGUGUCCAGUUGGACAAAUAUGCGAAAUGCAGAAAGUAGAAUGCGUAAAGGAACCGUGCCAUCCAGUACCUGUUUGUGUCGUUAAUCCACUGUGCAAGAAAGCCAAUUGUCGUAAAGAUCAAGAAUGCAGAAUCUCUUACCCAAAAUGUAAGUCGGAAAGUACAAAAUGCAACGGAGAGCCAGUUGCUGAAUGCAUUGCCAAGGAUCCAUGCUCACUAAUUGAUUGCUUGCCAAAUCAAAUUUGCGAUAAUGGAAAAUGCAUGUGCGCUCGGCAUCCUCCUUGCAGAAUGUUUUGUCAAUAUGGCUAUGAAUUGGAUAAAAAUGGUUGUAAAAUUUGCAAAUGUCUUGAAGCUCCAAAAUGUAAGCCACUUGCCUGUCGAAUGGCUUGCCCACACGGUUUGGUUAGAGAUAAAAACGGAUGUGACAUAUGUGAAUGUGCUCCCUCUCCUAAAUGUCAGACAGUGAAAUGUGGUAGAUAUACGGAAUGUAAAGACGGAAAAUGUGUCUGCAAACCUGUUUUGUGCAAAUUAUACUGUGAACAUGGCUGGGCUAAGGAUGAGAGAACUGGAUGUGACAAAUGUGCAUGUGCUCCCUCUCCUAAAUGUCAGACAGUGAAAUGUGAUAGAUAUACGGAAUGUAAAGACGGAAAAUGUGUCUGCAAACCUGUUUUGUGCAAAUUAUACUGUGAACAUGGCUGGGCUAAGGAUGAGAGAACUGGAUGUGACAAAUGUGCAUGUGCUCCCUCUCCUAAAUGUCAGACAGUGAAGUGUGACAAAUAUACAGAAUGUAAAGACGGUAAAUGUGUCUGCAAACCUGUUAUGUGCAGAAGGUACUGUGAACAUGGUUGGGCUAAGGAUGAGAGAACUGGAUGCGAAAAAUGUGAAUGUGCUCCUGCUCCUAAAUGUGACACAGUGAGAUGUGGUAAAUAUACGGAAUGUAAAGACGGAAAAUGUGUCUGCAAACCUGUUAUGUGCAGAAGGUACUGUGAACAUGGUUGGGCUAAGGAUGAGAGAACUGGAUGCGACAAAUGUGAAUGUGCUCCUGCUCCUAAAUGUGACACAGUGAGAUGUGGUAGAUAUACUGAAUGUAAAGACGGAAAGUGUGUCUGCAAACCUGUUUUAUGUGAUAUGUUUUGUAACCACGGUUGGGCUAAGGAUGAAGAGACUGGCUGCGACAUAUGCAAAUGUAAUCCUCCUCCCAUAAACUGUGCUCUUCCGAAAUGCGACAGCACCUGCUCAAAUACCAAAAUGGUAAAAGAUGAAUUUGGAUGUAUGAAGUGUCUAUGUAUGGGAAAUUCAGCUGUCGAAUCUGUCUCAAGAAAUAAUUGCGUUGAAAGUUCCUGUGGCAACUUAAGAUGCGACACUUGGGGUUUUGCAGUUGAUACUAAUGGUUGCAAAAUCUGUGAUUGUGCCAGGCCAAAAGUUCGAGAUUGCCCGAAUUCAUUGUGCAAUCGUGGUGAAAAAUGUCAGCAGGAAGAAGUCUGCAACACUAAGACGUCCGUUUGCAAAACUAAAAGAUUCUGUGUGUUCAACGCGGGAAUGAUUUCCAGUAAAAGAGAAAUAGAAUAA